AUGCCGGCGGUUUAUGGAGGUCCUUUGACAACCUUUGAGGAUUCUGAAAAGGAGAGCGAGUAUGGAUACGUUCGGAAGGUAUCAGGACCCGUGGUUGUUGCUGAUGGAAUGGCAGGAGCUGCUAUGUAUGAAUUAGUUCGUGUUGGACAUGACAACCUUAUUGGAGAAAUUAUUAGGUUGGAAGGAGAUUCUGCCACAAUUCAAGUUUACGAAGAAACAGCUGGGCUAAUGGUGAACGAUCCUGUUCUACGAACACACAAGCCUCUGUCAGUGGAAUUGGGUCCUGGAAUAUUGGGAAACAUUUUCGAUGGUAUUCAGAGGCCUCUAAAGACAAUUGCAAAACGAUCUGGUGAUGUCUAUAUUCCUCGUGGUGUAUCUGUCCCAGCCCUUGACAAAGAUAUCCUCUGGGAAUUUCAGCCCACGAAAUUGGGAGAGGGAGAUCUUUUAACAGGUGGAGAUUUAUAUGCGACUGUAUUUGAGAACAGUUUAAUGCAACACCAUGUUGCGCUUCCUCCUGAUGCUAUGGGAAAGAUAACCUACAUUGCUCCAGUCGGUCAGUACUCAUUAAAGGACACUGUUCUUGAGCUUGAGUUUCAAGGUGUCAAAAAGCAAUUUACUAUGCUUCAGACUUGGCCUGUGCGUACACCUAGACCUGUAGCCUCAAAGCUUGCUGCUGAUACUCCUCUCCUGACUGGGCAGCGUGUUCUUGAUGCUCUGUUCCCCUCCGUGCUUGGUGGUACGUGUGCCAUCCCUGGUGCUUUUGGUUGUGGAAAAACUGUCAUUAGUCAAGCCCUAUCUAAGUAUUCGAACUCCGACACUGUAGUUUAUGUUGGUUGUGGAGAAAGAGGAAAUGAAAUGGCAGAGGUGCUAAUGGAUUUCCCUCAAUUGACGAUGACACUGCCGGAUGGCAGGGAGGAAUCUGUUAUGAAGCGUACUACACUGGUGGCUAACACCUCAAAUAUGCCUGUGGCUGCUCGUGAGGCUUCAAUUUACACAGGAAUCACUAUAGCUGAAUAUUUCAGAGAUAUGGGCUAUAAUGUCAGUAUGAUGGCAGAUUCAACAUCUCGCUGGGCAGAAGCAUUGCGUGAAAUUUCAGGUCGAUUGGCUGAGAUGCCUGCAGAUAGUGGAUAUCCUGCUUAUUUGGCUGCACGUUUGGCAUCCUUUUAUGAGCGUGCGGGUAAAGUUAAAUGUCUUGGUGGGCCUGAAAGAAAUGGUAGUGUCACCAUUGUUGGUGCCGUUUCUCCUCCAGGAGGAGAUUUCUCUGAUCCUGUUACAUCUGCAACACUCAGUAUUGUUCAGGUUUUCUGGGGUCUAGACAAGAAAUUGGCACAAAGGAAACAUUUCCCAUCUGUAAACUGGCUUAUUUCUUACUCAAAGUAUUCAGGGGCUCUGGAAUCCUUCUACGAGAAGUUUGAUUCGGAUUUUAUUGACAUCAGGACAAAAGCUCGUGAAGUUCUGCAAAGAGAGGAUGAUUUGAAUGAAAUCGUGCAGCUAGUUGGAAAAGAUGCUUUAGCUGAAACAGAUAAAAUUACCUUGGAAACUGCAAAGCUCUUGAGAGAGGACUAUCUUGCACAGAAUGCAUUUACUCCAUAUGAUAAGUUCUGUCCAUUCUACAAGUCUGUUUGGAUGAUGCGCAAUAUUAUUCAUUUCUACAAUUUAGCCAAUCAGGCUGUUGAGCGAGGAGCUGGUAUGGAUGGCCAGAAGAUAACUUACACUCUUAUUAAGCAUCGUCUAGGAGAUUUAUUCUACCGUUUAGUUUCUCAGAAAUUCGAGGAUCCAGCUGAAGGAGAGGAAGCCUUAGUCUCGAAAUUUAAGAAACUUUACGAUGAUUUAUCUGCUGGUUUCCGCAACCUUGAGGAUGAAACCCGUUCUCAGAAAUUUGAGGAUCCAGCUGAAGGAGAGGAAGCCUUAGUCUCGAAAUUUAAGAAACUUUACGAUGAUUUAUCUGCUGGUUUCCGCAACCUUGAGGAUGAAACCCGGUAA